AUGACUGUAUUGAGUAUGCGUCAAAAAGAAAUGUCUUAUCAUCAAUUGGCGCUUGAUUGUCGCUCGAAUUCACUUCACUUACCAGCACUCAAGACAUUGUUAUCAUCUCAUGCUUCGAUACGUCAUGGACCACCACUUUCUCUAAAUCUACUACAGACAACAACGUCCUUGGAACAAUUUGGCUUUACGUGGCGUUGGAUUAUGGAAACAGCAACGCACUUUGCACUACAACGUCAGACGGCACACUUUGCCAAUCAAUAUGCACAAGUUUUAUUACGUCGUCGUGUGCUCUCGUCAGCUUGUGAAAGAUAUGGCGAUGAGGUGUAUUAUAGUCCAAAACAAUUGAAACUGCUUGGACUUGUGUGUGUCUUUAUGGCGGCAAAGAUUGAAGAAGUUCAUCCACCAAAAGCUGCAGAUCUUGUGGCGUUUUUAGCGGAAAAAGGACGUGUUCAAGUAGCAGCAGAAGAUCUUGCACGGUUUGAAGUGAAUUAUGUUGUCGAACUUCAAUGGAAUCUGCAUCCGACAACACCGUAUGCGUGGCUACUGUUUAUGGUUGCUGGUGGUUCAGCUGAUCAACGUCCGUUGGAAACGAUGGGUGACUUUGUCAACCCGGCGCGCAACCCAUUAGGCACGAAGAAGCUGUUUGUAAACGCCAUUCGAUUGGUGGACAUUGCAUUGCUUGACUACCAAGCUAUUGAGUACUGGCCUAGUGUGCUGGCUGGAGCAGCUCUGCUACUAGUGGAUCCGGCACUGGACUUUAUGUUUGUGGCGCAGUUCUUGCAGCUGGAUCCCAACGUGCUCUGGGAGUGCAAGUCAUGGCUCUAUGCCAGGGCUUACGGAGUGUGCGACUUGGAGGCUACGACCACCCAGGCUAAGGACCGCUGGAUCAAAGUGCCGACGGAAGAGCUACUGUUCAUUCAGUCACAAGUUGUGGUACCUAGCUACUUGGCCUGCGGCCUAUUACGCCCAGACAAUGUGGUGGAUCUGUAUUCUACUGGCUUGAACACUCCACUGGAAAAAGGGUAUGGCUUGGAGACGUGUCCGUCUCCGUGCUCCCCCAGCAACAACUAUGCUCUAGUACCGCUGCCACCAAUGUGCUUGUGUAGUGGUAGUUACCACACGUGCGGUGGAGAAGAGACGCCGGGCCCUCACGUGUACCACUUUAAGUACGGUUGGCAAGGUAUUGAAGCAGGACUCAUGGCGGAGCCAAAUUAUGGAAACCAACAAGAUCCGCGUAUGCAGUACCCGUAA